AUCAACCGACUUCCACGCGAGACACCUCUCUGGGUUCUAAAGCGCUUAACUGAACCCUAGUGCCGCCGUCUCCCGUCAUCGCUCCGGGAUCCGUCGAAAAGAGAAAACUUUUCAAGCUUAUCUAAGGUUUGGACGUCAUAGGUGGACAUUCUCUCUGUAGCUGCUUAAUAGAUGGAUUUCUCAUUACAGGACGAUGAUUUUGGUGGAGAUUUUGCUGCUACUCGCGUAUCCAGGGCUUCAGGUAGUAAAAGAAGUUUCGAUGACCUUGAAGAUGACGAAGAAGAUAUAUUUGACGCAAAAAAGGGUCGUACAAAAGCAGAAGAAGCUACACCUGGUGUUGCAACUGCGAUGAUUUUGACACUUCGUGGGAGUCUCGAGACUUGUAAAAAUGACCUAACAAAUUGUCAAGUUGAGCUUGAGGCAGCAAAAACAGAGAUUCAGAAAUGGAAAUCAGCGUUUCAGAAUGAGUCCUUUGUACCGGCUGGAAAAUCUCCUGGUUUAUUUCUUCACAGAAUGUUACUUUGCAUACUACAUGCAUUAGUUCCACUAAACAAUCAAACUUGUUGCUUCUGUCUUAUUCGGGUCUUAAAACUCUGCUUGCUACUUCUCCUUCCAGAACCUAGAUUUGUGAUUGACUAUAUCCAGAACUUAAAGUCAUCUGAGAAAUCUCUGAAAGAACAGUUGGAAAUUGCAAGGAGAAAAGAAGCUUCGUGCAUCGUACAAUAUGCAAAAAGGGAGCAGGAAAUGGCAGAAUUAAAGUCUGCAGUUCGCGAUUUGAAAGCUCAACUGAAGCCAGCAUCAAUGCAGGCGAGGAGGUUGCUGUUGGAUCCAGCAAUUCAUGAAGAGUUUACACGUCUAAAGAAUCUAGUGGACGAAAAGGACAAAAAAGUAAAGGAACUCCAAGAUAAUAUUGCAGCUGUCACUUUUACUCCGCAAAGCAAGAUGGGGAAGAUGCUUAUGGCUAAGUGCAGAACUCUUCAAGAGGAAAACGAAGAGAUCGGACAACAAGCCACUGAAGGAAAGAUGCAGGAACUCGCAAUGAAGCUUGCUAUGCAGAAGUCUCAAAACGCUGAACUCAGAAGUCAGUUUGAAGAACUUUUCAAGCAAAUGGAGACAUUGACUAAUGAUGUUGAGAGAUCGAACGAGACGGUAAUAAUCUUGCAAGAGAAGCUGGAAGAGAAAGAGAACGAGAUAAAAAGACUGAAACACGAGGAGCGUAUCGAGGAGACGCAGCAGCAGCAGCAGAAGAUCGAAUCUAGUGAUGCUAUCCCUGAUUUGGCUGACAAGAAAAGUGGCAAAGGCAUAGAUGAUGAUGAUGAUGAUGAUGAUGAUAGGAUGAAAGAAUCAAAUGAAGAGAAAAGGACUAACAAUGAAGACUGAUGAUUGCUACAAUACAGAAUUUCCCUAUCAUUACCAUUUUUUUUGGUUUAGUCAUUGUUGUUGUUAACAUUGUGUACAAUUUGAUCUGUCUUUUGAUUUCGUCAAGUGUAGUUUAAAACGUUUUAGUAGAA